UUGUGUUCGUCCCAGUUUUGUUCAUCCAGUUUUGUUCAUCCCAUCAUCCUCGUGUGCGUGCGUGCAAUUAUAAUGGGCUUAGCUUCGUACGUUGAGCUAGCGCAGUCAUCCAAGUCACACGAGAUGAAGAUCACGGUGCAGUCAUCCAAGUCCAUCAAGCCUGACUAUGGCGGCCACCGCCCGGUGGCUCCUCCGUUCACGGCGAACGCCGUCCCGCUCUCCGUGUUCGACAAGGCCAACUUGGACACGCAUGUCUCCGUCAUCUACGCCUUCCACCCGCCGGCCCCGCCCAACGACGUCCUCGAGGCCGGGCUCGCCAGGGCCCUCGUCGAGUACCGCCAGUUCGCCGGGCGUCUCGCCCGCGAUGCCGACGGCAGCCGCUCCGCCAUCCUCCUCAACGACGCCGGCGCGCGGUUCGUCGAGGCGACGGCCGGCGUGUCGCUCGGCAGCGUGAUGCCGCUGCAGCCCACUCCCGCGGUGCUGAGCCUGCACCCGAGCGGCGGCGACGAGCUGAUGCUGCUCCAGGCCACGCGGUUCGCGUGCGGGUCCCUCGUCGUCGGCAUCACCGUGCACCACAAAGUCACCGACGGCCGCGGGUUCUGGAACUUCAUGCUCGCGUGGGGCCAGGCCACGCGCGGCGCCGCCGUCGACCCCGUCCCGGUGCACGACCGGCCGGCCUGCUUCCCGCCGCGUAGCCCGCCUAUGAUCGAGCACGAGCACCGCGGCGUCGAGUUCAAGCCACACGACGCCCGCAAGGACCACGACGCCGGCGGCGGCUGCGACGGCGAGGUGGUGGUGGUAGAGAGGGUGCACUUCAGCGCGGAGCGCAUCGCGGAGCUGAAGGCGCAGGCGUCGGCCGGGGCGCGGUACAGCACGGUGCAGUGCGUGCUGGCGCACCUGUGGCCGUGCGUGACGCGGGCGCGCGGGCUGGGCGGGCGCGACGCCACCGCCCUGCUCAUCGGAGUGGACGGGCGAAGGCGGAUGAGCCCGCCGGUGCCGGACUGGUACCCCGGCAACGUGGUGCUCUGGGCGCGGCCGACAGCCACCGCGGGGGAGCUCGUGGACAUGCCGCUGCGCCGCACGGCGGAGCUCAUCGGCCGGGCGGUUGCGCGGGUCGACGACGCCUACUGCAGGUCCUUCAUCGACUUCGCCUGCUCCGGGACCGUCGAGGCAGAGCGGCUGGUGCCGACGGCUGACGCGGCGGACAUGGUGCUGAGCCCGAAUGUCGAGGUGAACAGCUGGGUGCGGCUCCCGCACUACGACCUGGACCUGGGCGGUGGCCGGCCCUUCCUCUUCAUGCCCAGCUACGUGCCGGUGGAGGGCGUGGUCUUCCUCGUGCCGUCUUUCGUCGGCGGCGGCAGCGUGGACGCCUACGUUUCGCUCUUCCGCCGCGACAGGGAUGCCUUCAGGAACUGCUGCACGUCCGGCCUCUCAAAACUCUGAUUUUUACUACCUGACACCUACCUCGUUUCCGGUUCGUUCAUAAGGCUUGCGCGUAUCCUUAUAUCUAUAACUAGUGACGAUAUCUAUAACUAGUGACGAAGAUGCGCGACGUGGAAUGCUUCGUUUAUAUUUUAAAUAUGUACUUUAAUUUAUAUUUUUAUUCCAUGUAGUUUCUUUUCAUGUUUAGCUGGUUAUAUUUGUUUUAUUUGUUUGGGUUUUAUAAGAUGCAAAGGGGGUGUAGAUUCAUUUUGGCAAAGUUCAUCAGUGCAAUAAAAGUUAUUUGUAAUACAUUUACAUUCAUCGUAGUUGCUUUUUUCGUCGUUGCAUGUAGAGAUGGUUGAGUUGUUUUUUGUAUAGAGAGACAAAUACCAUUGCCUAUGGCGU